AUGAACUGGAGACACUUUCUGCUGACCAACGUGCUGGUUGGGCUACCUCCCACCCUCGCAGUCCCUAAUGUGAGGAGAGCCGACGGACCCUCUAUUUCCGUGCCACCUAUUGUGAGCCACCCAACCUCGUUACCACACUCUUCCUAUACCGCGACUCCCACGACCAGUGGAGCCGAGAGUGCCAGCUCUGUUGGCUCCGGGAUUCCGACUUUGGGACCGGCUCCAGGAGCUACCAGCUACCCGAGCGAUGGAAAGCUCCAUGAGCCCCAGCCGGCUCCUUAUGUACCGGCAGGCGGCGUUGGGACGAACGGCACAACUCCUAUCUACAACGCGAAGAGCGACUUUGAUUAUGAAUCACUGGCCCUUGCGCUCUACCAAGAGUACAUCGAGCUGGACCUGUUCCACGAUGGUUUGGCUCGAUUCUCUGUAGCGGAUUUUACUGCCGCUGGUCUCACGGCAGAAGACCGAUUUUUGAUUGAAUUCAUGGCUGACCAGGAGGUUGGACAUGCAACAAUGCUGACCAAUAUCCUGGGUGCUCAGGCUCCUAGACAAUGUGUCUACAACUAUCCUUACGCCACCGUCCACGAGUUCAUCGACUUCUGCCAAAAGCUCACCCGGUUCGGAGAAGCUGGUGUCUACGGCUUCUUGCCUCACCUGGAUUCGCGAGAGGCAGCGGGCCUCCUUACCCAGUCUAUCACCACGGAGGCUCGCCAGCAGCUAAUCUUCCGCCAGUUUGAAGGUCUCUUCCCAAUGCCUGUGUGGUUCGAGGUUGGGGUGCCCCAGUCUUGGGCAUGGACACUGUUGGCUCCGUAUAUCAGCUACUGUCCUGCGAACCAGACGAGACUGGUAUGGCAGAACUUCCCAGCAUUGUAUAUCGAGAACCAACCAAAUCCUUACCGGGUCAAUGGAUCGUCUGCGGUUAAUGAAACCCUUCCAGGUGGCGGCAUGAACGUUCUGGCCAGCCGGAACGUGACCGGACCUGAUUCAUGUCUAAACAAGACAACCGUGGGCGAGAACUGCAGCCCGGCAAUUACCCAUAAUCGAACAAGCCCCCUCUCCUACCCUGGUCGAACAGUCACCCUGUCCUGGGACGCUCCGGGCAAGGGUGUGGGCCCAAACAACAGCUACAUCACGAACACGACUGCGGGAGCCCCGAGAUACGUCCUGUGGGCUUCACAGUUGAAUGUCACGUACUCGACACUAAGCACCAGUGGCAAUGCAAGCUAUGGAACGACCGUUCAGCCCGACCUGUCGACAUAUGCCGGCGACCCAGCGAUCAAUGGUACCAUCUUUAUCGCAAUCACGGACACUGAUCUUUUCGUGACUCCUUUCAACAUCAGCAACGUCAACUCUCAUAUAGUUGCCGGCCCAGCUCUUUACCAAGCCGGCUAA